UCUCCAGUGGGUGCCGCUUUCAAUGUCAAGCCCCAGGGCUUGCGCCUGGACCUGUUUGGAGAGCGCCGGGGUCUUUUUGGAGUUCCCGAGCUCAGUGCCCCAGAAGGAUUUCGUAUCGCACAAGAAAACGCCUUGAGAAAGACAGAUUUGCUAGUGGCGCGCGCGUGUUCCACUCCACCUGGACCACAGACUGUGCUCAUCUUUGACGAGCUCUCUGAUGCCUUGUGCAGGGUGGCUGACUUGGCUGAUUUUGUGAAAAUUGCUCACCCUGAGCCAGCAUUCAGAGAGGCAGCAGAAGAAGCUUGUAGAAGUAUUGGCACCGUGGUAGAAAAGUUGAACACAAAUGUGGAAUUAUAUCAAAGCCUGCAAAAAUUACUAGCUGAUAAAAAACUCGUGGAUUCCCUUGAUCCAGAAACCAGGCGAGUGGCCGAACUUUUUAUGUUUGAUUUUGAAAUCAGUGGAAUCCAUCUAGACAAAGAAAAGGUGGUGCUAAUUGGCCAUAUCAGAAACAAACGUAAAAGAGCAGUGGACCUGAAUGUUAAAAUCUUGGAUUUGAGUAGUACAUUUCUUAUGGGAGCCAACUUUCCCAACAAGAUUGAGAAGCAUCUCUUACCAGAACACAUUCGCCAGAACUUUGUACUUGCUGGAGAUCAUGUAAUUGUUGAUGGUCUACAUGCAGAAUCACCAGAUGACUUGGUGCGAGAAGCUGCUUAUAAAAUUUUCCUUUAUCCCAAUGCUGGUCAAUUGAGAUGUUUAGAAGAAUUGCUCAGGAACAGAGAUCUUCUGGCAAAGUUAGUAGGGUAUUCUACAUAUUCACACAGAGCUCUCCAAGGAACAAUAGCUAAAAAUCCAGAAACUGUCAUGGAGUUCCUUGAGAAACUAUCUGACAAACUUUCAGAAAGAACUCUAAAAGAUUUUGAGAUUAUACGAGGAAUGAAAAUGAAACUAAAUCCUCAAAAUUCUGGAUUAAUGCCUUGGGAUCCCCCCUACUACAGUGGUGUGAUUCGUGCAGAAAGGUAUAAUAUUGAGCCCAGUUUAUAUUGCCCAUUUUUCUCCCUUGGAGCAUGCAUGGAAGGCCUUAAUAUUUUAUUUAAUAAACUGUUGGGAAUUGCAUUGUAUGCAGAGCAGCCUGCAAAAGGAGAGGUGUGGUGUGAAGAUGUCCGAAAACUGGCUGUGGUUCAUGAAUCUGAAGGAUUGUUGGGGUACAUUUACUGUGAUUUUUUUCAGCGAGCAGACAAGCCACAUCAGGAUUGCCAUUUUACAAUCCGUGGGGGGAGAUUAAAGGAAGAUGGAGACUAUCAACUUCCAGUUGUAGUUCUUAUGCUGAAUCUUCCCCAUUCCUCAAGGAAUUUACCAACUUUAUUAACUCCUGGAAUGAUGGAAAAUCUUUUUCAUGAAAUGGGACAUGCAAUGCAUUCUAUGCUGGGACGUACUCGUUACCAACAUGUCACUGGGACCAGGUGCCCCACUGAUUUUGCUGAGGUUCCUUCUAUUCUGAUGGAGUACUUUGCAAAUGACUAUCGAGUGGUUAACCAGUUUGCCAGACAUUAUCAAACAGGGCAGGUAGGGAAACUAAUUUGUAAUACAGUCCUUUAAGUUGUGAUUGCAUUUAUGACCUCCUGGGUAAUGUUUAAUUCAAUACUUUUUCAGAGCUCUGUCACCCCUCUCAGCUCCAGAAUCCUUCUACCAUUUUGUUGUUGUUCUAAUUAGUUUUUUCUUUUUGGGAGGUUGGGGGCUAGCCUGCAGAACCAAAAUCACAGCAUAUAAUGCAUUGACAAAUAGCUGCCCUUGAUUAUAUGCCAGGUAAUAAACCAUUUAGUUUUCGCAGCCAUUUUCUGAGGAAAGCACUUUAUUCUUGUUUCCCAGAGGUGGAAACUAGCUCUUUAGUAGAAGAGGCCUUCAAGCAUGUCUCACUUCAAAAAAGACUUUCCUCUUUCUUCUUACCCUCAUGCUUUUGAAUAUUUGUUUUCUUGGUCUGAAUUUUUAUGUUUCAUAAAGUGGAACUAUAUUGCCAUAUUUUCCCAGU